AUGCUAAUAAUUGAGACAACUAGGAUUUGUCUCGCAACGUACAGCAUUUACAUCUCAUACGUGGGAUCUCGCUUCAUACACCGGUCUAGAAAUAACACGAAACGGCGACUCCAAAAUAUACUAAAUCUAAAAAUCACAAUUCCACCUACUCGCCCAGAUAGUCGACUCGAAAGUGGGGUCGAAUACGAGUAUCAGUUCACAGUCCCAGCACAAGAAACCACAUUCUAUGCUGCGUGGAAAGAGUUCGUGCCCUAUUCUCAUGGAAGACCAUCUUCGCAAGCGGGAAAAUUGGAUGCGAGUGGGAUCAAAGCAUUCAGUCUGAUGUGUGCGAGCUUGUUUGGCAAGCAAGAUUAUUUCAGUGUGGAGUUUGUGGUGAAAAAUAAUAAACACGAUUUUGAAUAA